AAACCCAACUCCUUCCCACUAAGGCACAAAACGAAGUUCGGGUUCCACCAUGAUACAUCCCAAGUUGCUUGGCCUUCUAAUAGUAGCAUACUUUAGUGGUUCUCGUGCUGAAAAUGCCUUCUCACAAUACUGGAAAGAACAUAUUGGUCUCCCUCACCCACCACAUUGGUUAGCUGCAAAGGCUUCUCCUUUAAGCCCGCAACAGAUGGCACAUUUUGUCAAACUAAUGAAGGAAAAUGAAUUGGCUUCCCACCUUCAUUCAUUCUGUAAGCAAGCCAAUAUUGCUUGUUCUACAAAUGCAUUGGUAAAGAAGAAAAGGAACAACAGAAUCCUGCGACCAGUUUCCAAGUUCAAUGAUAACAAAUUGAAAUAUGAACUUCCAAAUGAAAUACCUCUAUCAAUUGCCAGCCAAGGGGGAUUGCCAUAUUUCCGGGAGUCAAUGGUAAAAGAAGGGAGUUUCAUGCCUAUCCCUGAUCUAAGAGAUCAAAUGUCAUAUAAAUCGUUCUUGCCGCGAACUCUAGCAUCAAAAUUUCCAUUUUCCUUUACUCAAAUUAAGGAGUUCAAGAAGCUUUUUGGUGUAGUGGAUAACACAAACAUGGAUGAGUAUAUUCAAAACAACCUUAAGCUAUGUGAGAAAAGUCCCAAUCAAGGUGAGCAGUGCACCUGUGCAACUUCUGCUGAGGAUCUCAUCGAUUUUGUUACCGAGAAAUUAGGACACCAUAUAGACAUAUGGAGUACUGAGAGUGUUGAAGGAUCUUAUGAGAAUGUCACAAUUGGAGCUAUGAAGCUUGUCUAUGGAAAUUUCUCUGAAGCACCAACCUUAUGCCAUAGUCUGCCAUUCCCAUUUCAAGUCUAUUAUUGUCAUGUUCUUUGGAAAGUAAAAGUAUAUGCAGUGGAGCUACAUGCAAGGAAGAAAAUGAAUCAUGUGAUCAUGGCAUGUCAUUAUGACACAUCAACUUGGAAUCCAAACCAUCUUGCUUUUAAGCUAUUGAGUUUUGGCCCUGGCCUAAUUGAAGUAUGUCAUUGGAUAAAUGAGAAUGGAAUGGUCUGGACUAAGUCUCUAGGUUGAACGACAUUUGAAGAUUUGUUUAUCUUCUAGUUCUCUUGUUCUGUGUUAUAUUAUAACUGCUUAAGUUAUUGAAGGAUAAAUAAUGACCUAAGUUUCAUUUGAUUCUUAUGUCUUACAAGUUUCAGUAUAACUUGUGAGUGAUGGUGGAAGUGAAAUCGAUGGUCCUAAAUUGAUGUAAAAGAAGAAAUACUGGUAAAAUGUUCAAGACCUGUUUUUCC